UGCGCGUGUAGGCAAUCUUAAUGGCCACGGGCCGGGAUCCAGGCGCAGCUGUCCGAGAUGAAACGACCUGCUCCAUCUGCUUGGAUCAUUUCCAAGAUCCACUGAUGAUCGUAGACUGCGGGCACGAUUUCUGCCGCGCCUGCAUCACCCGGUACAGCGGCGGAGGAUCGGAUCUCAGCGUCUUGUCUUGUCCCGAGUGCAGAAAACCCUUCUCUUGGGGAGAUCUCCGGGCAAACCGGCGCUUGGGGAAUGUGGCAGAGCUGAUCCAGCAGUUCCCUCUGGAGCGGUUGAGUGAGGCCGAAGGAGCGCAGAAGGUGUGUCGGGAGCACAAAGAAGCCUUCCAGUUCUUCUGCCGAGAGGAUCGAGCUUUUAUCUGCUCGAUCUGCAAAGAUUCCGAAGCUCACAAGACACACGUGGCGCUUCCCAUAGACCAGGCGGUCCAGAAUUACCAGGACCAAAUACAAAAUUAUGUGACAUUACUGAAAAAGGAGAAAGAUGAAAUUCUAAAGAAGAUAAAUAAUGAGAAAGCAAUUAAGGAAGUGAUAAGGAGUAUCAUAUAUAUUAGAGAGCAGAAAGAACAUGGAUUUCCAAAGGAAGAAGUCCACACUCUGUUGGCGCUGCUGAGAGAUGUAGAAGAAAAAACUGUGCAGAUGGCAGAUGAAAAUGCAAGUGAUACCCUGGAGCACAGUGCCCAUCUCACCGAGCUGAUCAGAGAGAUGGGGGCCAAGUGCCUGCAGCCAGCCUUUGAAUUCUUGCAGAUGCGAGAGAGAAAUGGCUAG